AUGGCGCAACGAGGAGCCCGUGGUGGUGGUCACAGUUGUAGUCACAUUAGUGGUCGUGAUGCUGGAGAUAGAAAUGCAUCCCAAUCAUACAAUGAUGCAGAAAGUCAACCUUCGUCUUUAGUUAGAGGAUCAAACAUCUUAGAACAAGUUCCAAGUAACCCAUCAAAAAGGAAGUUCAUUGAAGUCGAUUCUGAAAAGGAAUUUACGGAUCAGAUUUCAGUGAUCAGAGCCAUCACAUGUAUACUGAAGACGAUGUUUGACGGCCCAUGGACCUCAUGGAAGAAGGUUGACAAAGAACAUCGUGAUGCAAUGUGGGAACACUUCAAGGGUUUGUAUGUUUGGCCCGAAGAGACUAAUGUUCUUGCUCGCAAGGUAUGGGAAGACUGUAUGAAGAAACGAUUUCCUGACAUAAUGCGAAGAGCACGUGAAGCAUCUUUAAAACUUGCCAAAGCUGCAAAUGUGAAUGCCUCACUAGAAGGUGAUUUAAGUUUGCUAAAGGACUAUCGCCCAAAUUGGAUAAAAAAGGAGUAUUGGAAAAAAAUGAUCAAUGAAGGUGAUUUAAGUCUGCAAAUGAAACUUUUAUCACAAUCAGGGAAAAAUAACAGAAAUAAAUUAGAAGAUGGCUCUAUUUCCAAACAUACCGGGGGUUCUAUAUCUAUUCGUCAACAUAAGAAAAGAAUGGAGGCUUAUGAAAGUGCUAUGGUGGCUAAGUUUGGCGAUGAUACUAGUUGCCAUCCCCUCUUGGAUAAUGAAACAUGGUGUGAUGUUUCCGGAGGAGUCAAGAAAGGAAGAAUAUAUGGAUUCGGAUCUGUGUCUGAUCCAGCGAGCUUUUUGGAAGGAACAUCUAGUACAAUAACAUCCCAAGAGGUUGUCUAUGAACGUGUACGAAACGAGAUGCGUGGCGAAAUGGAUACUAAAGCUGCAGAAAUGGAAGCUAAACAUCAACAAAUGCGUGAGGAAAUGGAUGCCAAAGUUGCAGCAAUAGAUGCCAAACAACAACAAAUUGAUGCAAAAUAUGAAGCAAUGGAGAAGAUGUAUGCAGCCUUGCAAAAUAUGAUGGGAAAUUGAAAAGUAGAGGAAUGAGAACCGAUGAUGAUUUGAUGGACAUGAAACGAAUAUAGCAGCUAAAAUGUUAUUUUGAAGGUUAAACUUUUUUCUGUUUGUACCUCUUUUGCAUACUUUGGAUUUCUUGGUUCUAAAAUGUUAUUUUGAAGUUAAACCGUUGUGAGUUUGAUGUUAUGUGGAUAGUUUCGUUUUUGGAUGUUUCUUGAAUGCACUUUGGUAAACUUUAAUAGUUUUGGUAUUGUAAUGCUUGGUUGUAUCAUUAUUUGAUGUUCUUUAAUAUAAUAAUUUGAUGAUUGUAGUAUUUUUUUCUUUUAGAAUCAUAAUAAAAAAAUAAUAUUACAAGUUCGUGGUGAGAAAAUAAAAAGUAUUUUAAUGCAUGAAUUUUGCGAAGGAUUAGCUACGGAAAAAAAAAAAUCAUGUCUAAAGUGUACGACGGAUCAGCGACGGAAAGGAAAAAAAUUUAAUGUAUGAAUUUUGCAAGGGAUUAGUGAUGAAAAAAAAUUCAUGUCUAAAGUUUGCGAUAGAUCAGCAACGGAAAAAAAAAUAGUAUAUGAAUUUUGCAAGGGAUUAGCUACGGCAAGAAAAAAAAACUGUUCAUGGAAAUUUGCGACAGAACAGCGACGGAAUGCAUUGAGUGACAUUUAGUGACAUUUAGCGACAGAUAUUCUGUCGCUACCUUUGUCGCAAGGAAAAACCCGAUCCGUCGCUAAAACCCUAGCUGAGAAAUUAGCCACCUUUUUAUUACCUAUGGAGUGAAUCUGUCGCCGAUCCAUUGCAAACAACAUUUAGCGAUGGAAUAGCGACGGAUUUUUCCGUCGCUAAAACCCAUGUUUCUAGUAGUGUAUAUAUAUAUAUAUA